CAAGUUGAAACUUAGUUGAAAAUAUACAUUCUUAAGUUGUAGUUUAUAUUUUAUAAUGAAGGCUGUGUUUGUUUGCUUAUUAUUCGUGGGUUUGGCUUUGGCUAAACCUGCGGGAGAUGAGGGCAAUUCGAGGGGAUGUAUAUACAUUAUGGGAAGAUGUGCCGAACAAUGCCCAGUGGGCACCCACGCCUACACAACGGGUUGCGGCUUCCUAACCCCAGAGGCAACCUGCGCUAACCCGAAACCCAUACAGGACACCCGCGGCCAUAUCUGUGACUUCUCCAAAUGUUAUUGCGACGCGCCCACUGUGCGGGACGAGAAGACCAAACAAUGCGUUAGCUUGGACAAAUGUACUAAAUAAUAGUCGAUUUGUCGUAAACCAGACAUUGAGAAAACAAAAUGCACAGGUUUUAAAAGAUGAGUCAUGCUUAA